UGGUGAGCUCCAAUUCUUUAUUCCAAACGGUACAUAAUGUCAGCAAAACAGGAUUCCUAAUCCUUUGAAAUUCCUUUGAAAAACCUCCAAUCCAAACAGCCCCUAAAGUUAGUGCUAUAUUUAUUGGAUAUAUUUCAGUACUAAAUUAGGAAAUGCAUCAUUUUGUGAUGCUAAAUUUCCUCUCUUGUUUUCCAUCAGCGCGGCCUACCAAAGUUUAACAAACCCGAGACUCCAAAAACGAGCCAAACAAUUUUUAGACACUGCAGACUACGGCAGGCAGCUGUGGUCUGUAGACAACUGGAGCUCACCAGCUGCUCGGCGAAAUGCCGAAGCGUAGCCGCGAGAGCUGUGACUGUGAGGGAGCGGCGGCCACGGCGGGCAACGACGACCGCCUCGGUUCCCUCCCCGACGACGCCCUCCUACUCGUGUUGUCGCUGCUGCCCUCGGAGGACGCCGUGCGGACCUGCGUGCUGGCCCGGCGCUGGCGCCACCUGUGGCGGUUCACGGCCGCGCUGCACAUCGCCCGCGACGACGACAAGCGGUGGAGCGUCCGGUGGCUGCACAGGUUCGUCACCAACUUCCUGCGCCUCCGCGACAGCCUCUCGCCGCUGGACGUGUGCGACAUAUUUUGCCGCCCGUUCGUGUGGUCUACCCAGGCGUUCUGCUUCAAGGUUGCAGAGGAAUGGGUCCGCCGCGUAGUGGCGGAGUACCGAGCUCGGGUGCUGAAGGUUUGGAUCUACACUGACGCGAAUAUGCUGGAGCCUGCUGCCGCGCCACUCGUCUCGCAGCACCUGACUUGGUUGGAACUAGGCGAAGUGGAAAUACCAGGCGUGAUGCUAGAUCUAUCAGGCUGCAUGCCCUGCACUGGAACAUCUAGAGCUGAUAUCUUGCAGAAUCCAGGGCGGCAGGAUGUUGUUUCCAUCAGUGAAACAUCUUAGAUUAGAAUCACUCACUCCAGUUUCUGCUUUGUCCCGCGCAGUAGCAUUUCGGCCCCCAGUCUUGUUUCCUUGCAGCUAUCUGACAAUUGGGGGUUUACUCCUGUGCUUGAGAGCAUGUCGUCACUGGCAAAAGCAUUUGUCCGGUUUGAUGACGAGUGCUGUGAUAAAUGCCCUAGAAAUUACUAUGGGGAUUGUGGUCAUGGCGACUGUGAUGGAUGCUAUGGGAAUCUCUAUUAUGAUGAUGACGAAGACAAUCAAUGUGUGCUUCUUGGGGGCUUGUCAGGCACAACAAAUUUGGAGUUGAUAGCUCUACCUGAAGUGGCCGUUUAGGCGAACACUGUGUGUUGCUGAUGACUUCAGAUUGCUAAUUUACUUUCUCCAACAUUCACCAAUUCUAGAGAAGCUUACUCUUCAACUGUCCAAGGUGCCACAACCAGUUGUCAAAGCAAUUGGAUGCCACAGCCCAAGGGAAGGAUCCAUGGUAUCUAAAUGCCUCAAAGCAAUUGAAGUCAAAUAUCAGGAGGAUGGAGUGCUUGAUAAACUUCUAAUGAUCUUAAAUACCUAUGGUGUAUCUUCUGAGGUGGUUACCAUCCAAAAGAAGGAUUCUUUAUCUUCUGAAAGUAAGUUAACUAUUGAUGUU